AUGGAACCAUCAUUUACGGAGGAUGAUUAUGAUCCAAAGUACGUUGGAUACUUUUUCAUUCUCUUUUCGGGAUUGGCUGCUUCGAUUAUUGCUUUGCUAGUUUGGACUAAAUGGGAUACAAAUAAAAGAAAAAAAUGCGAAAAACGAGAUUCAGUCGACUCAGAUCCGAAUAUAGAAGGUAACAAUGGUAAACCAAAAGAUUUCAUUCGCAAAGAUAUACAGAAACUAAAGAAGUGGAAUUUCGACAAGACGCGAACACCUCAGUUUGAGCAUCCUUGGCUUUACACAACAUUGAAAGGGCAUGUUAAUCAUGUGAUGGAUAUGGAUUUUUCGUCGAAUGGUAGAUAUCUUGUUUCCGUCAGCGGAGAUCGUUCGCUUUAUCUUUGGCAUGUGAAAGAUUUCGGUAAUCGGGAGCAUAAGGUCGAUCGCUGUAGCGUUGAAGUAGACAGUGCAAGCCACGUCGCUUUUGCAUCUGACUCGAAAAACGUUAUCAUGAGUCUCAAAAUCGCAAAUAAGCUCGAUGUUUACAAAAAAUCGCGUAAAGAAGGCACGCAAAACUACAAAUUUUCACGUGUUGAAAGUGUUAAUUUUCCCGUUGUACACGAAAACGAUAUCAUUAGUGUUGGGAUUUCUUGUAAUGGAAAGUUUGCGAUGUCGGCAUCAUUCGAUAGCCAACUUGUAAUCUACACUAUUUAUGGCAACAUUCUAAAAAAAGUGCAGCCAAAACUAAAUAUCUUAUAUGAAGCAAGCAUCUCACCUUGUGGUCGUUUUGUUGCUGCAAGUGGCUUCACUCCUGAUGUCUUUGUUUUCGAAGUAUUACUUGAUCGUCACGGAAACUUUCAAGAUCUAAAGAAAGUUUUUGAUUUAAAGGGACACAGUUCUGGUAUUUACUCCUUUUCUUUCAAUCAGAGCUCUACACGAUGUGUUACAGCAUCAAAGGAUGGAACGUGGAAUUUGUACGAUACGGAUGUGCGUUAUAACUUGGGGGAAGAUACCAAAAUUAUUGCUAGUGGUGAGUUUGAAGUGCUCAAACGUGCUCAACCGGAUUCGGUGAAAGUGGUAAUGAGUCCAUCUGGAAACAGUUUUGCUAUAUCUACAAAUCGUCACAUUUGUUUUUUCAGCGCUGUAAAACCGGAGAAACAAUUCAAAAUGAUAUUGGAUGUACACGAUCGACCAAUCACUAGUUUACGGAUGAGUCCAUGCGGAAAAUAUGUUGCAAGCAGUGGCGAUCGAUAUAUUAGAGUCUUUCGUAAUGUCGCUGAAUUUUAUAGCAAUGUAAUAUCGUUGGAAAAGGAUUUGAAAGCAACACGUGUAGAAGGGCGAAAGCGGCGUCUAGAAGAACAGCUUCAAGAAGCGAAGCGAGUCCUCAGUUCUUUUCCAGAGCUUUAA